AACUUGACAGCGUUGCAGCCUCAAUAAGAGUUAGCAGGAUCAGUCCUGCAGCAUUAAGUCAAAUGCUCAUCUUCUGAUUUUACUGUUGAAUUUCAGGUGUCAAUGAAAUACCACAGUGAAAAAUACUACUUUACCUCAGUGUACCUGUCAUAUAAAAUUACAGUUAUUCUGCUCUGAAAGGAUUUUUGACCCUCUCAUAACAGAUCAGUCUGCAUUUGUUCCAAGAUUGCAACAUCCGUCAAAAUGCCUUUUAUCGAGCACGUAUCGGACGCCGAUCUGGAGUGUUUGGCGUUGGAGCGGGUCGUCCCGGCGCUGCAGGCUUAUGGCUUCUGCUAUGUGGACGGUGUCCUCGGGGAGCUGGCCGGGGACGCCGUGCUGGAGCAGGUGAAGGAGAUGCACCGCUCCGGCGUGCUGCAGGAUGGCCGGCUGGCAGGCUCCGUCCCGGGCGUCCACCGGAGCAGCAUCCGCGGGGAUAAGAUCGCCUGGGUGAGCGGCACAGAGCGCGGGUGCGAGGCGAUCAACUUCCUGCUCAACCUGAUCGAUAAGCUCAUCUCCGUGUGCGCGAGGCGGCUCGGGAGCAAGACGAUCCGGGAGAGGUCCAAGGCCAUGGUGGCGUGUUACCCAGGAAACGGGGCGGGUUACGUCAAACACGUGGACAACCCGAACUGCGACGGACGCUGCAUCACCUGCACCUACUACCUCAACAAGAACUGGAACACCAAGGAGCACGGAGGCGUUCUCAGGAUCUUCCCGGAGGGGAAAUCCUUCGUGGCCGACAUCAAGCCGCUGUUCGACCGGCUGCUCUUCUUCUGGUCCGACCGCAGGAACCCACACGAGGUGCAGCCCUCCUACUCUACCAGGUACGCCGUCACAGUUUGGUAUUUCGACUCGGAGGAGAGAGCCGAGGCUAAGAGACGCUUCAGAGACAUGACAGCCUCAUCUCUGCAGCAGUGCAGCAGCUCCAGCUGAUCGUCAGGAUUCCUCCCGACUCUCAGAGCUUCUAGAGAAGCUGAAUAACUUGAAUCACCCUUCAGCCUAUAACUGUGCAUACCCUCUAAGGGACGGAGGCGGCCUGCACGUGCUGCUACAACCUGUUGAGUUCAGAGGACCUGCAGCUGCUCUGUACUUACCCCGUUUAACAUGAUGUCUGUGCGAUACUCUGCUGAGCCGAGGAACGCUGUGGACUCCGCCGUCGGCUCGCUGCAAACUAGAGAAGGAGACAAGUCGUGACGCUUACACGCCCGUGUGAUAGAAACGUGUCGUAAGAUGAAGACACACAGGAGCGUUGUGGGUUUAGUCGUAGAGAUAUCAUCUACAGUCGGGCUGGAACUCUUAACGUCGAGGAAGAAAAGUGAGCGACAGUUGGUGUAAAUAUCAGAGGCCACAAAAUGUAUGUUUGACUGAACUCAAAACUCUAAUGUACACGAGUGACAUGUUAUCUACGAUUAAUACCUAAUUAAAUUGUUCUUUCCUGCAAAGUUUAGAGAAAAUGAGACGUAAAAACAAUCUUAACUUAAUGUCCACUUGGAAACUGCUGAGGAAGACUGAGGAUUUAACAUCCAAAAAGCUCAGAAGUGGACUUAACGUAGUUGCUUUUCUUUCCGUUGUGUUGCACGCUGAGCUGCAUUAUGACUUCACUUUCUCCGCCCUGACUUGUCGUCUCUGAAUCUGGUGAACAGAGUUGUGUGCGUGCUCCGCCCUCCACCGAUGGAGAAGGACGAAGAGGAAGAUAGAUUCCAAUGAUGCAGCAGAUUUGCAUUUAUAGAAUGCUCUGUAAACUGUCACAUGAUAUUUACAGAUGUGUUGAAUAAAACUUCUAUUUUAAGAACAGA